AACACGGGCCCAAAUGUUGCUAGCGCAGUAACCAGCUGUUGCCUUAUCGUUUCUCCCUGAGCUCCACUACCUUCAUCAAUGGCGAUAACCCAUACGUUCAAGUUCAAGCCUCAAGUCCUAACCUCCUUCACUCCCUUACCAAAACCCAUUAAUGUCAAUGUCUCACACUACUUGGGCGUCACUCUUCCAACAACCCGAACCCUUCGUGGCCCAUUGCGUAGCCUAUCAAGAAGAUUGUUCCUUCCUUCAGUUUCGGGCCUCUGGGAUGCAAUAACGGGCGGUAACUCUGCCCGCGAAGCGGUGAUGGCCGUUCGCCGUGGAAUGCUUCUCUUCAGACAGGGUGAUGUGCUGGGGUCUUUGGUGGAGUUUGACAAGGCAAUUGAGCUCGAUCCUCGCCAGGAAGAAUAUCUUUGGCAAAGGGGUUUGUCACUAUAUUAUCUGGAUAGGUUUGAGGAAGGUGCAGAGCAAUUCCGGUUAGAUGUUGCCAAGAAUCCUAAUGACACGGAGGAGUCAAUAUGGUGCUUUCUCUGUGAGGCUCAAUUGUAUGGAGUUGAUGAAGCUAGAAGAAGAUUUCUUGUGGUCGGUAGAGAUCCAAGACCUGUUAUGAGAGAAGCUUAUGACAUGUUUAAGGAUGGUGGUGACCCAGAAAAGCUUGUUGCGGCAUUUUCCAGUGGGCAGCCAAAUGAGUACUUCUAUGCUUCUCUCUAUGCCGGGCUAUAUUAUGAAUCUCAGAAGGACUCAGAAAGAUCGAAAGUUCAUCUGAUUGCUUCAUGUCAAUCACUUUAUGGAUCAAGGUCCGACGAUUACAUGGUUUCUCUUGCCAAGGUUCAUUGCCAAUGUCGGAAUUGGAACUUUACUUGAAAGCGAAAUAUUCACCAAAUUGCAGUAAGAAUAUAUGGCUUCAGACCUCCUCAUUCCCAGAACCAGUUAUUGGUAUAUAGAUUACAACAAUCAUAUUUCAUUUAGUACAUAUUUUGUUGAGUGUGGAGUACAUGUUGGGAAAUGAAGUCUAACAGCAAUGUAACUAUGUAAGUAACCUAACUGCACUAACUUUUCUUGUGUAGCCGCACUUUACUCUUUGUUUAAUUGAUUUAAUAUUUGGCCAUUUUGUAUAGUAA